UUGUCCCCAGAUGGUUGUCUUAGCUGUGGCUGUGUUUGUAACGUUGUCAUCUUGUGCAGUUGGCUGCUCAGGGAGCCCAAAUUCUACUGAGCUGAAGCUUUGGAGCAGGGAGAAUCAGUCUAUGGCAGUGCAACUAGCUGCUGUGUUCAAGGAGAUGGAGAGUCUAAGGUGUGAACAAACAACACUUCAGCAGCAGCAGAAUGCUCUGACUCAGAUGCAUAUAACAAGCCAUCAGAAAGGAGCUCAGAAGCAAGUUGCUGGAACAAACAUCCUUACUUAUGGUUCAAUUGAUGACGAGGAAGACCUGCCCGAGGAAGACCUGCCUGAGGAAGACUCGAGGAGACGGGGUGACCCCUGCUUCCACUACACAGUCCUGGACCAGGCCUGGCGUGCCACCAACAGCACCUCCAAGUUCAAGAUGUGUGACCGCAAUGUCAAAUGGAAAGGCUGGUACCGCCUCUUCUACAAAGGUAGGAGUAUUCAGAUGCCUGAGAGGUGUGUCCCUGUGAACAAAUGUGGCACCCACUCCCCCCUGUGGCUGGUGGGGCGUCACCCAAAGAGAAGGCAGGGCAUCGCCACGCGCAAUGUGUGUGGCCACUGGAAGAAGAACUGCUGCGCUUUCCGAUCCACCCCCAUCCAGGUCAAGAAGUGCCGCGGCAACUACUACGUCUACAAGUUCACCCAGCCGUCAUCCUGUUAUUUGGCUUACUGUGCAGAUAUCAACACACUUGUAUGUGGGCGCUGCAGAAGAAACCAGUCCUGUGUGAGCCGAGAUAAGAUUAACUGGAGGUGCAAGACCAAGAGAAGAAUGUCUUCCAAAAAGAUCCACUUCUUCGCCUCGUAUCCCGGCCAACUAUCAGGCAAGGUGAACAGAAUCAAGUACAGCAAGGUGCUGGUGAACGUGGGCCGAGCCUACAACAGAAGAACCGGCGUGUUCAAGGCUCCGGUCAAAGGAGUCUACCAGUUCUUCUUCUCCACUCAGUCAGCCAACGCUGGUCAGAAGACUGAUCUGUGGCUGGUGAUCAAUAGUUACUGGGUAGCUGUCUCUCACACACACGUCUCCCGUCCCUCCACUGUUGGUAGCUUGUCUAUGUACAUGACUUUCCUCCGCAGAGGCGCGAAAGUGUUCGUCACCCACAACUCUGGUAGGUCUUGGGCCAAUGCUGCUUCCAUGACCAUCACAUUUGGGGGGUCACUGCUUGUACAAAUGAAAUAAAGUAUGUGUAAACACAUUUUGACAACGCAUUAGGUCUUUAUGUAUCCUUGAAUAGGAUGAGACUUGAUUUUCAACAUGUGGAGAGUGUGUCAUGACAAAGUUUACAGUUUCUCUUUGCCAUUAAUUCAAUUAUUCAACUAGUUUUUGUGAUAAAGGACUGUAAACCGUCAGCUAAAUGCUUGAAGUAAUGCCUAAAUGUCUGAUUUAAUGCUUACAUGUAAAUAUUAAAACAAAAAAGAAAUAGUGUGUUGUUUAGUCAAUUAAUCAAUAUUGGCUAUGUGCUGCGUGU